UGUGUCUCCCCUGUAGUAACACCCGAGGCCAUCGGCUUCCUGUCCGCAGUGGGCAUCUUCGUCAUCUUGCUCACCAUCCUCUUCCUCUUCAUUAAUAAGAAGCUGUGUUUUGCCAGAGUUGGAGGGCUGCCAUGCUUCGAGCAGCGUGGUCAUCGGAAACGCAAGGAGCGUUCCGGCAUCCACCAGGGCCUGGUGAACAGUUAUGGAGAUGAUGGCGAGAUCUCCAGCUCGGACAGUGAGGAGGAGAUUGUGAAGCGAUUCGAGAUCUCCGUCUCCCGCUCACAGAGUUUUAAUUCCAAUGUCUUAGAGGCAGCUACCCAGAGUGCACCGGGGAAACAGCAGAAGUUUGAACGACUGCGUCCUGAGCAGGAGGAGAGCACCGAGCCUUCGGACUGUGAAGAUGCUGAUAGAGUUAGCCAGAACAGUUUUCGAGACCCACUCACUGAACAAAGAGACCCUCUGACUGAAGCACUAUUCCAGCAAGGCCUCAGUACCGCUGAUACUUCAUCGGUCAAAGGCGGUAUGGUCACCGCAGGUUCUCAGGACAUCCGCAGCGAGUCAGAGAGGCUCCCAAGAGGACAGAGGAGUCGUCCAGGAAGCACAGGGCGCCAAACCCCUCUCUCCACUCUCAGCUCAGAGACAGAUAUGGCACUGGAUAAUCCUGGAUUUGACAUCAACGAGGGUACAGAUAGUUCCUCUACCUACAGCCCUGAGCAUGAUCAACAAGCAGCUAGUAUGACUUCUGCGUACCACCCUCUAGAUGGUUCACCCCACGCCCCUAUCUCCAAAUGUGGUGAUCUCGUGGUCAUUCUUGAUUACCAUCCUGACUCCUCAAAACUCCUGGUCAACGUGGUGACAGCACGGGACAUACCGGAUAAGGCACGAAGUGGUAUGGACACUUGGCAGGUGCGUGUGCUGCUGCUUCCGGGCAAACGGCAGCGCUACAAGACGGCUGUGCAGAAGGGAUCAGCUCCAAGGUUCGGCGAGACCUUUCGGUUCUCCCGACUCGAAGCGUCAGAGCUGAGCGUGGCAGCACUAAGGUUCCGCUUGUAUGCGCUGGGGAAGAUGAACCGGGAGAAGAUGAUGGGUGAAACCAUCUACACUCUGGACAGACUCGGCACAGACCGGAGUGAAGUUACGCUGGUGCUAGAACCUCGCAGCAACCUGAAGGCGCUCGACUCUCAGCUCUCUCUGGGUGUUCAAAAUGAAAGUGCUUCAUCUACUCAGUCGCUAGCUCAUGGGGGAGUUCCUGAGCUGCUCAUGGGUUUAGCCUACAAUGCCACCACUGGUCGUCUCUCUGUUGAACUGAUUAAGGGAAGCCACUUCCGCAACCUGGCACUCAACCGCCCCCCAGAUACCUUCGUAAAGCUGACCCUGCUCAACUCCGUGGGACAGGAGAUCUCCCGAUGUAAGACCUCACUGCGCCGUGGGCACCCCAACCCUGUAUUUAAGGAGACGUUCGUCUUCCAGGUGGCGCUGUUCCAGCUCUCCGAUGUCACGCUUAUGGUGGCUGUGUACAACCGGCGCAACAUGAAGCGCAAGGAGAUGAUCGGCUGGUUGUCGCUGGGUCAGAACAGCAGCGGUGAGGAGGAGGCACUGCACUGGCAGGACAUGAAGGAGAGUGCCAACCAGCAGGUGUGCAGGUGGCACGCCCUGCUCGAGGCUUAAAUGGAUCAUAAAUGGAUAAAAAAACCAA